CGGCCUCACCGGCUGUGCCUGGCCGGCGGAAGGCACCAGGGCAGUGGAAGGCGGCAGGGGUGUCUUCUGCUACGCUGUCAGCCUCACUGUGGCUUGAGGAUUUGGAGGCCUAGGCCACGAUUUGUACUGGGGUGCUCAGCGAGGCUGGGCCUCGGCACUCGCCUUGGCGCUGCGGCCGCCUCGGCGGCGGUGACGCACGUCCGGCGCGUUACGCGGGGGAGGUGAGCGGGCGCAGUGCCGGGAGUUGUGUUCGGCUCUCUCGGCUCCGGGUUUCCUAAUGCGCUCCUCUCUGUGAGGAGGAGGAGUAGGGGACACUGUGGUCCCGGCCCUCUUCGCAACAUGCCCGCUGGCGUGCCUUGGUCCACCUACUUGAAGACGCUGGCGGCUAGCAUGCUGGCUAUGUUCGCCGGCGCUGAAGUGGUGCACAGAUACUACAGGCCUGACCUUAGUAUACCCGAAAUACCUCCUGCACCUGGAGAACUGAAAACGGAACUGUUGGGUCUAAAGGCACGGUCAGAAAAAAUUCAGACUUCACAACAGUGAUGAGAAUAUACCUACAUUGUGAAAACUAGAACUGAUAAAAUACUUGCUCAACUGUCUCAGCUACAGAAGUCCAGAUGUGAAUUACUGUACUCCCUUAUUAGUACUUUUUGGAUGUGUUUAAGUAGUUAGUUUGGGUAGCAUUAAAAUGAUGAAUGCUGUUAAAUCCAGUUGGUGAUGUGCCAAAAUUUACAAUUUAUCUUAAUUGCAGUGUAAAUAUCUUUCAGAAUAAAAGAUGCAAACUCACA